AUGUAUUGCCAGGCUGUUUGGGCAAGACGACAGUCUCACAUCAUUGCCUUGUACUUUCAGGUCUUCGCCAUUGACAUAAACAAAAACACCAAGAAGUUGGAAACUUUCGAUUCGUCCGAGAAACUCGGUCCACGCUAUUCGUCCCAGCCAACGUUAGGCGCCAACAAGGAUGCGUCAACGACGCACGACGUAAGCGUCGUCGAGUCCAAUAUGUACCAUGAAAUCGACUCGUUUCUCGUCCCCCCGGUUGUGGAUCUACGGAUCGCUACCUUGGUCUAA